GUGAUGCUGGUGGGCGACUCGGGGGUCGGCAAGACCUGCUUGCUGGUGCGCUUCAAGGACGGCGCCUUCCUCGCCGGCAGCUUCAUCUCCACGGUGGGAAUCGACUUCAGGAACAAGGUGCUGACGGUGGAUGGGGUGAAGGUGAAGCUGCAGAUCUGGGACACGGCCGGGCAGGAGCGUUUCCGCAGCGUCACCCACGCCUACUACCGCGAUGCCCACGCCCUGCUCCUGCUCUACGAUGUCACCAACAAAGCGUCCUUCGACAACAUCCAGGCUUGGCUGACAGAGAUCCAUGAAUACGCACAGCAGGAUGUGGUCCUCAUGUUACUGGGAAACAAGGUGGAUUCUGCCCAGGACAGAGUGGUGAAAAGGGAAGAUGGAGAGAAACUUGCCAAGGAGUACGGAGUGCCCUUCAUGGAGACCAGCGCCAAGAGCGGCCUCAACGUGGAAUUAGCGUUCACAGCCAUCGCCAAGGAGCUGAAGCACAGGUCCAUGAAGCUGCCCAACGAGCCCAAAUUCAAGCUCCACGACUACGUGAAGAAGGAAGUGCGAGGCUCGGGCUGCUGCAGGUCCUAAGGCGUGUUUGUACAGAGACUCGGGCCCGUGGGCAGUGUGUGCAUGUCUGUCUGUCUGUCGUGUCUGUGUCUGCCCCGAAGGCCAGCUGAGACCAGAGCACAGGAGCAGCAGGAAAAGCUCUCGGAUUCUGCAGCCCCGUCACAUCCAUCGGCUCCAGCUCCCCUUGCCAGCGUUCCUGCGCAGCUCGCAGGUGGGAGGUGGAUGUUUGGGAAGGGGCUGGGGUCUCCUUCUGUGCCUGCUCUGUGAGGCUGCUGUAACCCUUGUGAGAGCCAGGGUGUGACACAGGGGAACCAACACCUUCU